UCAGCCAUGGAGCCAUCAGAGGAAGCAGAAACACAUUCAUCUCUUCAGGAUGUGAAUCCUUUGUUCCUUCAGCAGCUCAGAGAGCUCGACAUCCCUGAAGAAGCAGCCAAACAGGCACUCGUGCACACUCGGAACGUGUCUGCCGAAGAGGCGGCCAUGUACUACUUCAACAAACUGGAGAAUGAGGAGGAGGAGGGGGAGGAGCUCAGGUUCAAAAUGGUGUUUGUGGUUAACAUGGACCUUGGCAUGGGUGUUGGAAAGGUGGCAGCCCAGGUGGCCCAUGCUGCUGUGGGGCUGUACCAGGUCCUGCAGGAGAAGACCAGCUGGAGGGAGAUGGCCUGGAAGUGGGACCACAGUGGAGCCAAGAAGGUGGUGGUUCAAGGUACCAACGUGGCCCAUCUGUUAGAGCUGCAGGCCCUGGCCAUGAGCCUCAACCUGCCAACCUACCUGGUCCAAGAUGCAGGCCUGACUCGGGUGGAGUCUGGCUCCCGUACGGUCCUGGCUGUGGUGGGAGAAGAGGAGAUGGUGAACAACGUCACCGGCAGUUUAAAGCUGCUCUGAGGCUCCAGCUGGUGGACGGCUGAGGAGGGGCUCUGUAAGGCAUCCAGGAGAGGGCAGCAUUUCUCAGCAGCAUGACGUUUGUUACCCAGCUUCAGUGUAAAACCCUUAAAUAGCAGAGGUGAAGAAUGUUGGAGAACAACAUGUCCCAACACAAAAACCCAGCCAUUUGUUUCCACCUUUCUGUCAGCUCCUCAGUUGGCUCUUCAAAGCAAGACAAAGGCAGUCAUCUUUCUUUUGUGACAUUCAUAUUUAUGUGGCGUAACUGCUAGAAUAUAAGUCAUUUUAAGUCUUUUUGUCUGUACGUAGCUGUCCUUUAAAGGCUCCUGAUUUAACGUGUCUGCCUCCUCUGCACCACCAUGUAUGUUGUCUUCACCCAACGAGCAGGUUCUGACACGGUUAGAGCCGGCCGGUGGAAAUCAGCUCGUAGAAUAUGGUCACAUCAUAUAUUGUUGCUGUAGAAACAAACCAAUGACGUGUUGUGCAUGCAAUGUAACAUGUUAACCUAAGAAGACACUUUGAACUCUAAAGUUUUGUUUAUUUUCAUGAUGUUUAUUCUUUGAAACCUUUUUUUAAUAGUCUUUGCAUCAGUGUUUCUGAUUGGUGACUAAUAAAAUACCCCCACAUAAAUAAACAA